CGUAACAUUUCGGUUGUAAACAUGGAGGAGAGAGAAGCGCUGAAGAGGCAGAUUGAACUUCUAGAAAAUCUCAUCAAUGAACAUAAGAGCGUCCAUGGUGACACGCCGUUUGCAAGAGAUGAGCUGAGGCAACCGGAAGCUCCAACGUCAGCCAGGGACAGAGGGCACGGGACAUCUGUCGUCCAUCCACACAGCUCCAGAGGGGGACCGUAUGCUACUCAGAGCCAUGGAAGUUGGAAGAAAACAUACUCUCUGAGCAACAAGAACUCCCAGUUAUCCGUUGGGCGUCCCUCAGCUUCCACUUCCUCGACUGUACAUCAUUCCAAUUCCCACAGUGCCUCACAGCCCAGCCACAGCAAAGGAGAGGAGUUGAAAAAAAUCCCGACUGCCAUCUUAUCAUCAGGGAUCCCUCAACAAAAGGAAGAGAGACAUAUAAACAGCACCACAGGGGGAGUUGCAACUGAGAAAAAACCAACGGAUACUCUUGGAAAGACAGGAGCGACUGUGUCUCGGCAUGAAGUUGGAAGAAGAGAGUCGAGAUCAACCGACACGAGUGAGAAACAUGAGUCGACACACAGGCAGACUCAAGAUCUGCAGCUGAGAACUGAAAGCAGGUGUGCAGUCCUGCCAGAAAAAGUCAGUCGUUCUUUAGAAGUGCCGUCCACAGUUAAGGCCAACGCCGUGACCAGUUUGCCGAGUAUCCCUCAAGUGCAGAUCAAACCUACCAAGACAUGCAAAACCAGCAGCAUUGAGAACAAACCAACCGUGACCAAGAAAAUUCCAGCAGUUUCUAAUGCUAACGCCAUACCACCUCUCCCUGCUCUGCCGGGUGUGUCAACGCAUUCAAUCGAACCCACAUCUCACACCAGCAAGAGCCAAGUCAAUGCCUCCUUUCUGAAGAAGUCUAAGUUCACUUGGUUAAAGAGCCCGAACCUAAGAGGAGUGGGCAAAGCUGUAACUAUAGUUGCCAGUGGAAGCUCCCCCUCAUUCACAGCGAAGAGGACGCCCGGCAAGAAGUUACCUCGAAAGCAAACACUCAAUGUAUCCCCCAAGACCUCCAAGUACAGAUGGGUCUCCAUCUCCGCUGGAGCCCAGGCUAAAACGCCUCGAAAGUCAAUAUCACCCAGAGCCCUGGCUCUUUCCCAAAGAGCGCUGGAGAGGGGAGAGGUUAACAAGAAGCUAAGAGCAGAAGAUAGGAUGAAAAAGGGAGUUGCGGGUUCCUCUGCCAGCUCCCCGCCGAUUAGCCGUUACCGUUGGAAAGCUGGAGGUCAGAGUACCUCUGGGGCAGCUCCAGGAGGCGCAGCAGUUGCCCGACGUCGAUCUGCUUUCCACUGGACGCCGGAAAGAAGCAACAAAGGAGGGAAAGGAGGGUUUGCUGCUUCCCCGCCUGGAACCCAACGUUCCCAACGUACCCACCUGAUGCCAUCCUGCUCCCCUUCCGGGUUCAAGCUCCGCAGCAGGAUGAAAAUCAUUCGGAAGUCUCCUACUGGUGGAAGUGGGUCAGAGAUGAAGUACUCCCCGCGGGGCCGGAUGCAGAGCUUGAGCAGGAGUCCAGUCGGAGUGAAGAAGACGCCCACCAGGGAGCUCGUGUCUUUUGGCCGACACAAGUUGAGGCGGCUCUCCCCGACCUCGUCAAGGACAAGUCCCGCCUCCUCCUCCCACCGUAGCCCCGCCUCUCCGCGGGUGUUCAGGACACGCUACAAGAUGGUGACCCGCCCGGGCUCCAGCCCCACACACACCGUCCACUACAACCCCGCCCUCUCUUGGAGAGCCAAGAGGAUCCAGUCUGCGAGGAGUUUCCUUCAGAGCCGAAUGCGAGCUCCCCACGACAGACACCCGGCAUCCGCCCAGCACUGGAGAGGAAGCAGCAUGUGCUGGAUCCGUGGUUCCUUGUACCGGGUGUCGGCCAAUAAGCUGUCCCGCACCGUGGCGUCCAGCAUGUCCAUCAACCGAACAGGAAGGUCUUUCAGCCCCUCCCAGGUUACAUCCACGAGUCCUGCUCUCAACGGGCCCUUCAGUCCUCGUCAUCUCGCCAGCCGCGCUGUCCAGCGCAGCCUUGCCAUAAUCCGGCAAGCUCAUCAGAAGAAGCAGCAGAAGCAGUACUGCAUGUACUACAACCGCUUCGGCAAGUGUAACCGCGGCAACAGCUGUCCCUACAUCCACGACCCGGACAAGGUUGCCGUCUGCACCAGGUUCCUGCGAGGGACGUGCAAGCAGGCGGACGGGACCUGCCCGUUCUCCCAUAAGGUGGCGAAGGAGAAGAUGCCGGUGUGUUCCUACUUCCUGAAGGGAAUCUGUAACAACAGCGAUUGUCCCUACAGUCACGUCUACGUGUCCCGCAAAGCCGAAGUGUGUGAGGACUUUGUCAAAGGCUACUGUCCUGAAGGAGAGAAGUGUAAGAAGAAACACACGCUGGUGUGUCCAGACUUCUCCAAGACGGGAUCGUGCCCUCGAGCGGCCCGCUGCAAGCUGCAGCACCGCCAACGAGCUAAGCGCGGCGCCGGCGCCCCGGUCAAGAGAGGCCGGACCAAGGAGCCCGCUAAGAGGCCCCACCUGUCUGUCGCCAUGCCGCCGGCAACUCCAGAGACGCCCACCAAAGGCCCUCUGGCGCUGCCAUCCUUCAUCUCCCUCUCCAGCUCGCCGGACGAGGCAGAUGCACCCGAAACGCUGCCGGCAGAGAGCUCACAGGUUAAAGAGAAAAAGCUGCAGAUCAAGCCUCGGCUGUGAGACUCCAGAGACCAGCAGCCCCGGAGGGGUAGAACACCCAGCGAUGAUAUCUGUGCUCCAGGUUUGUCCUGACAGGUGCAUCUGUGUCCUCCCUCUGAAAUAAACUGAAUUGAAUUGAAUUCCUUCACUCAGGGCCAGAAGGUUUUAUUUUCUAUAUAUAUAUAUCGUGUAUACAAAUCUGUUUUGCAUGUCAAUAUGGGUGUUAACUGUGCAAUUUUCUUUCUCAUCAGGUUAUGUAAUUUUUUUAAAAAUGCCAAAUAAAGUACCACCUCUUUUUAAACCGCC